CCCAUUGGCCGUCACCUCCGCGGGAGGGGCCGCCCGAAGCUUGGGGCACCUGGCAUUGCCCCUUCGCAGGGAAAUCGGCGGAUGCCGGGCACUGGCGCCUGAGGUGAAGGCAUUCAGAGGGAAGGCCCGGGCCGUAGGCGAGCUCCCUGCAACCAGCCCUGCCCUGCCCGCCGCCCCGGAGCCGGCGACGCUCGGAUGCCCCGUACUUCCACCGCGCCAGCCGGAAACUUUGCCCCAAGAAGUCCCCAUCCUCCUGACCGCGCCGAGAGGCGCCUAAUCGGCCGUGUGCCCCGCAGGGCCCCGGAGACCCGCGCGUGAUUGCGGGGACCCCUGGCGCCUGCCGCGCUCCGCCGCGCGCGAGCGGCCGCCAGGAUGCGCUACGCGGACCCCUCGGCCAACAGGGAUUUGUUGGGGAACCGAACUUUGCUCUUCAUCUUCAUCUGCGCCUUUGCCUUGGUGACUUUGCUGCAACAGAUCUUGUAUGGCAGGAACUACAUCAAGAGAAGCCUCCAGUUUGGUUGGCAGAGUGACGACCAGCUGGCCAAUUGGACGGGACUCUUUAAUGUCACGGACGUCCCAGAGUCACCCAGCGGCAGUGACUCCAGCUCCAGGUACUUUGAAUUUUACGAGGGCCCUUUAGAAUAUAACUCCACAAGAUGUCUGGAGCUGAGGAACGAAAUCUUGGAGGUGAAGGUGCUGUCCAUGGUGAAGCAGUCGGAGUUGUUCGACAGGUGGAGAAGCCUGCAGAUGUGCAAAUGGGCGAUGAACAUCUCCGAAGCCAACCAGUUCAAGUCCACUCUGUCCAGGUGCUGCAAUGCCCCGGCCUUCCUCUUCACCACCCAGAAGAACACCCCCCUGGGGACAAAGCUCAAGUACGAGGUGGACACCAGCGGCAUCUACCACAUCAACCAGGAGAUCUUUCGCAUGUUUCCCAAGGACAUGCCCUACAACCGGUCCCAGUUUAAGAAGUGUGCCGUGGUGGGCAACGGAGGCAUCCUAAAGAACAGCCGCUGCGGCAGGGAGAUCGACAGCGCCGACUUUGUCUUCCGGUGCAACCUACCCCCCAUCUCAGAGAAGUACACCAUGGACGUGGGGGUGAAGACGGAUGUGGUCACUGUGAACCCCAGCAUCAUUACAGAGAGGUUCCACAAGCUGGAGAAGUGGCGGCGGCCCUUCUACCGUGUGCUGCAGGUGUACGAGAACGCGUCCGUGCUGCUGCCUGCUUUCUACAACACGCGCAACACCGACGUGUCCAUCCGCGUCAAGUACGUGCUGGACGACUUCCAGUCGCCGCAGGCCGUCUACUACUUCCACCCACAGUACCUGGUCAACGUGUCGCGCUACUGGCUCAGCCUGGGCGUGCGGGCCAAGCGCAUCAGCACAGGCCUCAUCCUGGUCACGGCGGCAUUGGAGCUGUGUGAGGAGGUGCACCUCUUCGGCUUCUGGGCCUUCCCCAUGAACCCUUCGGGCCUCUACAUCACUCACCACUAUUAUGACAACGUCAAGCCCCGUCCGGGCUUUCACGCCAUGCCCUCUGAGAUCUUCAACUUCCUGCACCUGCACAGCCGUGGCAUCCUCCGUGUGCACACAGGCACCUGCAGCUGCUGUUGAGGGCAUGCUGGCUGCCCAGCCUGGCCUGGCCCUGCCCGGUCCCCAGAACCUGGCUCCUUCUUUCCCUCCUGUGCCAGGCAGAGCAAUGUGAAGACCUGGCUGAAAAGCUGUCACCCCCUUGGUAGUUCAGCUUCAUGCUUGGGACCUGCCAGCCUGGAGUCAGGGAUGGGCUUCCAGACAGAAUCAGCUCUGUGUUAGGCGCCCUGGGCCUCAGUCUGGGCCCUGUGUCUCUGCCCUGCAUAUGGUAGCAUGCUGCUAGGUCACUCCUCAAGAUCUGGGCCCUGGGGACUGCAAGUGAAUAAAGCACAUUUCCACUCAAUUUUAGCAUUGAAGAAAGACAGCACAAACUAUAGUGGCCUUGUCACAGCUAAAGGAAGACCCUACAGAGAGUGGAAAACAGGGAUACUGAGGAUGGGACAUGUGGACAAGGGCAAGAUUUAAUUCAGACAUUGGGGUUCCUGAGUUUUAUUCCAAGGCCUCAGCCCUGAUUUGCUGUCUAGGAUCUCAGAGCUCAGAGGCCAACCCAGCCACCAGAACUUCCUGGGAAGACAGAGUGGCUCAGAGAAGUCCAGAGACUUACCAGCCAAGGUUACACCAUCUGAGUCCUUUAAGUGACACCAUGAGAGCUAAUGCAAGGCACUGUCAGUUGAGGAGAGCCACACCAUUCCAAACACAUCCUCAGACACACACAAACACACAGUCUUGGUGCCUCCAGGUUCAAUCCUGAGUUUGAUCUUUUGAUGAGAAGGAAAUAAACCAGACCAGCCAUUUGCACUAAGGUUCUCAAGCCAAUGUUAUCGACUCAUAAGUGCUCAGUGAUUUGCUUCCUCUUCUGCCUCCUUAUUUUCAGCUCUGUUUUAACCAGGAGUUAUUUAUAAGACCUGUUCCUAUUUAUGUUCCUGAAUCCUGCAGAAUCCUGCUAUAUCCUGUUCCUGAAAAGGAGCUGUAAGGCUCCGGGCUGAACCAAGUAACUGGUGAGCUUAGUCGCCGGAAGCGCGUCAUGGCCUCUGACACCAGCAUCACCAAUGGACCUACUACGCAGGCGGGACUUCCCACUUGGCACAGCCUGGCAGCCUUCACACACACAUGGGCCCACAGGGCCUGCACUUUGGGAAGUUAGCUGUGUCAAGGCUGAAAGGGGUUAACAUGCCAUUUCACAUCUAAAAUUCAUUUCUCUUGCUUCCCCUAUGGUGUUUCCACCAUUGAUGCGGCUGUGCCUCAUAGACAUCAUUGGUUCAUUGCCUUAGAACUUAGCUUUGUGGGAUCAUAGAAUGUUAGUCCUGGGGGGACUCCAGCUCCCUUCCUUCUUCCCUUCCUCUGUUCCUUCCUUCCUCCUUUCCUCCCUCCUUUCUUCCCACCCUCCUGUAAUCAUUUCUAUAGCUUGUUCUGCUUUGAUCUGGGGUCAGGCUUGUCCAGGAUGACAAAGAUGAAUACAUCU